UGGGAACAUAAAUCGUCUGCUUACAGUUCUGCAUGGCUACGGUUGUCUGAACCUUACCGGCCCUAACACCCUGCAGAUGUAGCCUGUGACAGCAGUUCCCUGCGAAUCAGAAGCUCCUAGUGUAUCAGGUUGGACGAGGUAGACCCCAGACAAACCUCAACUUUCAACUCUACCCCCCACCCACCCACACCCCAUCGUGUUUGAUGGUCACGUGAUGUUCACCAUCCACAUAAACAGACUCCAACAGUAGUUGGGUAGAUGACGACGUUGCCAUGGUUACAGCAAGUAUAAGGAUCAACGGUCAAGACCACAAACUGGACAUGUAGUGUGAAACUUAUAUUGAAAGUAUCGGCUUAUCACCUGUGAGGUUGAAUAGGUCAGAUUCACAGUCGGCACAACAGGAUUGUUUGAUUGUUUGAUUGGAUGCGGCUGUGGAACAUGGGGGAGGAGAAGCCAGAGGGGGGCGGCCACUGUGACCUUGAUAUGACGGACAGGGGGCCAUGUUGUGGUCAGGAUAUGCCCACCCCCCACCUCAGUUUUAGUCAGCCGGCCCUCAGUCUGGAGCAAGUUCUGGAAAAAUAUUCUCUGCCCAGAGUUGUUUCGUGUGACCUUGACUCCUUUGCUGACCUCCAAGGUUACCUGGACUGGUCUCAACCCCUGGUGCUCUACAAGACGCGCUCCGUCAGGCAGGUGACGGUCCAGAACGUUCUGUGGGAUGACGUCACUAAACUGUACAGCAUUGUAGGCAGGGAUCUUCUGGUACCCGAAGACUAUACAGGUUAUUUCAGUGUUGCGGGAAAUCCCAGCAGUGAACCAAUGGCCACUCCUGUUCCAUAUUUCACCAUAGCGGAAGCGAUGUCUUCAGAUCAUACGAGCUUUUUGGUUGGUGGGGUCAAACCUUUGCAGGCGUAUUUGAUGGUACGCCAGCACCACCAGGCCAGGCUGGUACCCCACCGGGUCCUGUCAGGGGAGGUGCUGACACUGGCCAGCCACCACGUGUUCGAGAACAUCGGCACCCCGGGCACCCGGUGCUUCAUGUUCCAGGACCAGCGCGACACCAGUCUGCUGCUGACAGACGACACGCCUUGUCUGCUGUAUGCCAUCUCACAUGACGACCAGACGACAGAUGACACUGUUAUGACAUUUGGGGACAUUUUAAAACGAUUUAGCUUACCUGUAGUCGUGUACCUGGUACAGGGCUGGUUACCUGCCACUCUCGGCCAGUUCACGGGCAUGUUCCUGCUACAAGACUCCAGUCAUGUGACCACAGUCACCGGCACAAUGGUCAGGGGCGGUCACUCGAUUAGUCUGGAUAUUCCGUUAGGUACUGACGUCAAGUUUCGAGUGGCUGACCACACGUUAGAGGUGACGUCCAGCAAGUUCUGGAGAAAUGCUUUACUUCAUUGUAGGUCACGUGGUGCUACAUACAGCUCGUCCAUCAAGGUCAUUGAACUACCUGGAGAUAUAUCUGAAGAAGAUACCACCACAUUCGAUGUAGUUAACGAUGGCAGGGAGGACAUGAUGGAGGUGAUGCAUGACUUGAAUUUGUCUGACAACUUACAACAGAAUGGACACGUCACCCUACGUUCAAAGUUCAACAGAAGUGGAGGUCAGUCCUGCUCCCUGAUCAGUUCCAGCCAGUCCAGACGUCUGCUGAUCAGUGUGGCAGACCGCAGCUUCUGUAUCCUGGUGGCGCCGUCUGGUGGCACAGCAGCAGACGAUUCUACAGGCAGACGACAGGUGGAUACAUCCAAACACACAGUCGCUCCACACAGUAAACCUCAACCUUCAGACUCGGGUCAUGGCGAAUCUGGGUCUUCCCAGACUGCAAGGGGAACACCUGUCACUGGACUACAAGAUGGCGGUCGUGACGUCAGCAAUGAAGGCGUGAGUCGUCUGAAGGGAUUUCGUGAGGGUGUGAUGGAGAGGGUGCACGUGGUCAGCGGGGAAGUCCCCGGGGUCCAUGUCUCCAGCGGGGAAGUCCCCGGGGUCCGUGUCUCCAUCAGCACCCCCAGCUCGGCAGAGAGCCAGCCCCUCUGGUCCAGCACCUCCAACAUCGCCAGCAUGGAUGAAGACACAGACUCCAUCCACAUCCCGGCCGUGCCCGGGCGACCAACGUCUCAAGUCUCGCGACACUCGGGACCGUUGGGGGAGGGUGGGUCUCACACUGUCGAGUCCACGGCUGCAGGAAACUCCGACAGUAGACCUGCAGGGUCACACGACAAGAAGAUUCGAACCCUGACUCCCAGCGUCAGGCGACGCGGCGUGCACGUGGACGACACCUACCCCUACGACAGCCUCGCCCGUCAGUCUGACCCCCACGUGUACGACCGGUACCAGGUGGACGGUGAUUACGUCACAGCACGGGACUCCAUCUACUCUCAGGUUUUGAUCUUAAGAAAUCAAAACUUGGUUAUCUCCGACGUGGACGAGACUUUACUGCCGCCAUGUUUUUAUAACCGAUCAUGUCACUACAGCAACAGCACUCUAACACAUGACAGAAAUAACUUUCUAGAAUAUUCCAAUUCAUUUUCCGAACCCUUGGAUGUAUACCAAGAGCUGCCCGAGUUGGACGAUGGUCAAACACAUGAGUCAGCUGACUCGGGCGUGUCUUCCGUCAAAUCAGACCACAGCGAAGAUGACAUUCGACAAAAUCGUCACUCCGACUAUUUUGCUGAGGGUGAAACAAAACCUUCGUCACAUGACUCGGGACCCGACCCUCGCCCAGAAAAUAAAAGAAGCGUUAGACCGCCAUUGCCGCCACGUACUCGGAUAGCAGGGAGGAGGGCUAUGGUGGCAGAUAAAAGGACCCCGCAAGUAUACACCAGGACCCCGCCAGUAGAAAGCAGGACACCGCAAGUGUACACCAGAAUCCCACCAAAAGACACCAGAAUCCCACCAAAAGACACCAGAACUCCACUAGCAGACAGCACGACCUCGCCAGCAGACAUGAGCAACAUCUUCAGCCCGAUGCGCGUGAUUGGCCAGACGCGGCGCGAGGACGAGGCGAGCAGACUCCGGCGCUGCAACAGAGACGCUCUGAUCGAGGAGCUGAAGAAAGCGAUGCCCAUUGAGGCCAACACGCAGCUGGCCUUCCAGAGUCUGUCAGCGGCCGAGAUCGUCACCCUCCUGAGCUGUGAGGACAACCUGGACAGCGAGCUGACCAAGUUCCUGCCCAAGCUUGGACAGCUGGACCUCAGGAAGGUCGCCCUGUGCUUGCGGUCAAUGCGGACACGGCUGUCUUUGUUUGUUGUUGAGUAGAUCGUUCAAAUAUUUUAUCAACAGCUGUCUUUGUUUGUUGUUGAGUAGAUCGUUCAAAUAUUUUAUCAACAGCUGUCUUUGUUUGUUGUUGAGUAGAUCAUUCAAAUAUUUUAUCAACAGCUGUCUUUGUUUGUUGUUGAGUAGAUCAUUCAAAUAUUUUAUCAACAGCUGUCUUUGUUUGUUGUUGAGUAGAUCAUUCAAAUAUUUUAUCAACAGCUGUCUUUGUUUGUUGUUGAGUAGAUCGUUCAAAUAUUUUAUCAACAGCUGUCUUUGUUUGUUGUUGAGUAGAUCGUUCAAAUAUUUUAUCAACAGCUGUCUUUGUUUGUUGUUGAGUAGAUCAUUCAAAUAUUUUAUCAACAGCUGUCUUUGUUUGUUGUGGAGUAGAUCAUUCAAAUAUUUUAUCAACAGCUGUCUUUGUUUGUUGUUGAGUAGAUCAUUCAAAUAUUUUAUCAACAGCUGUCUUUGUUUGUUGUUGAGUAGAUCAUUCAAAUAUUUUAUCAACAGCUGUCUUUGUUUGUUGUUGAGUAGAUCAUUCAAAUAUUUUAUCAACAGCUGCCUUUGUUUGUUAUUGAGUAGAUGAUUCAAAUAUUUUAUCAACAGCUGUCUUUGUUUGUUAUUGAGUAGAUGAUUCAAAUAUUUUAUCAACAGCUGUCUUUGUUUGUUGUUGAGUAGAUCAUUCAAAUAUUUUAUCAACAGCUGUCUUUGUUUGUUAUUGAGUAGAUGAUUCAAAUAUUUUAUCAACAGCUGUCUUUGUUUGUUGUUGAGUAGAUCGUUCAAAUAUUUUACUGAUCGCAUGUGGGUCAAUACAAUUAUUUAUUA